AAGACAAAAAAAAAAAAAAAAUUAACAAAGGUAUUUCCUCACUUAGUAUUUGCAUUAAAUUUUUCCACUUCAGGACUUAAAAUGUGCAUGUUAUUCAUGAACUUACGAAGAGUGCCUGCCAGACUAAUUUAUAAUGUUAAGUGCAAUAUAAGGAAGAAGACGCUGAUCUUUUUGUAUAAUAUGGGAAUAAUAAUAUACCCUAAGGAUAGAAAUAACUUGAAAUUAAUUACAGAUCCCAAAUCCCUUCUUUGCCAUCCAAAUAGCUCUGAAAACUGAAAGUUUUUAUCAUGACUCAUUUGUCAGUAUAGUCUUCCCUGAAUUGGCAUAAAGCUAUUUAUAGCUUUUACUAAUCCCAACUAGUGUGAAUGUUCACGUUUUACUGCAGAAAUAUUACUUGUUGGAUUAAGGGGCUCUGCUCUAGAGAUUGCUGGGAGUGUGAUGUUCUGUAUGGAGUAUAUACCAUGUUAUCUCUAAAAUCCCCAAACUGAAUUCUGAAACAGAUCUGGUCCAAGGAUUUUGAAUAAAAGAGCAGUUGUCUCCCAUGACCCGAACAGCUCCCUGCCCCCCGCUGCCAAUCCUGGUUUUUCCAGGGACAGUCUCUCUUCACAUCUGUUUAGAGGCAAGAUGGACUUAUUAAUAGGGCCCCAGUCACACUCAAAAGCGUUCCAUUUUGGACAGUAAUGAUGUAGUGACCAUAGUGACCAUCUCUGCACCCUCGGUAAUAGCAGAUGCAGUGCUGCUGGGCAUCAGUAAUUUCCUUGUGAAUUUCCAUACAUACAGCUUUGAAGUUAAUAAGAUUCCAGAUUAUAUCUUGAAACCCUAAAAUAAUGCAAAGCAGAGUUUAUAAGAAUUAAUUUUUAAAAAUGUAUAUGCCACCGCUUUCUUAGACGACUUCUCCAUAGCAUUAAUAUAUAAGCCUUUUUUUUUUAAGGGCCAAUCAUCAUUUUCCUCAUUGUAAUUGUGUACCUGCUUUCUUUUACUAAGCUGCAAGCCCCUCUCUGUUCCCCUUUUCUUUAUCUCUGAUACCUGGCAUCCACAGUCAGUUCAUCGUUUGUUUACUCAACAUCAGCUUUUGCCGUACUCUUAGGCCCCAGGAAUAAAUAGAGUGGUGAGCAGAUAGAAUUGGUCUUGGACCUCAUGGAAAUUCUUGUCCAAUGAAGCAGACAGAUUUGGGGCCUGGCCUGGCCUGGGGAGACUAAGAAGGCUUGCUAAGGACGUGACUUUGAAGCUAAGACCUGAAGAUUGUGAGUCAGCCAGUGAGAGGGGGCGCCCUAGAGGCUGAGGGACAGUAGGUACUGAGGCCUUGGGCUGAAGUGCUGGGCCGCAGUGCCAGGGAGCAAGGCCAGCAGAGGAGGGGGUCAGAGGGAAGCUGGAGCCUGUGCAUGUGACAGCGGGCACCAUGCCGGUGGAAAGGAUGCGGAUGCGCCCGUGGCUGGAGGAACAGAUCAACUCAAAUACGAUACCAGGGCUAAAGUGGCUUAACAAGGAAAAGAAGAUUUUUCAGAUCCCCUGGAUGCAUGCAGCUAGACAUGGGUGGGAUGUGGAAAAAGAUGCACCACUCUUUAGAAACUGGGCCAUCCAUACAGGAAAGCAUCAACCGGGAGUAGAUAAACCUGAUCCAAAAACAUGGAAGGCGAAUUUUCGAUGUGCCAUGAACUCCUUGCCUGACAUUGAAGAAGUCAAGGAUAAAAGCAUAAAGAAAGGAAACAAUGCCUUCAGGGUAUACCGGAUGCUGCCCUUAUCUGAGCGACCUUCUAAGAAAGGAAAGAAACCAAAGACAGAAAAGGAAGACAGAGUGAAGCACAUCAAGCAAGAACCAGUUGAGUCAUCUUUGGGGCUUAGUAAUGGAGUAAGUGAUCUUUCUCCUGAGUACGCGGUCCUGACUUCAGCUAUAAAAAAUGAAGUGGAUAGUACGGUGAACAUCAUAGUUGUAGGACAGUCACAUCUGGACAGCACCAUUGAGGAUCAAGAGAUUGUCACUAACCCACCAGACAUCUGCCAAGUCGUGGAGGUGACCACCGAGAGCGAUGAGCAGCCGGUCAGCAUGAGUGAGCUCUACCCCCUGCAGAUCUCCCCCGUGUCUUCCUACGCAGAAAGCGAAACUACCGAUAGUGUGCCCAGUGAUGAAGAGAGCUCAGAGGGCCGACCUCACUGGCGGAAGAGGAACAUUGAAGGCAAGCAGUACCUCAGCAACAUGGGGACGCGGACCGCCUACCUGCUGCCCAGCAUGGCAACCUUCGUCACUUCCAACAAGCCCGACCUCCAGGUCACUGUCAAAGAGGAGAGCUGUCCGGUGCCUUACAACAGCUCCUGGCCCCCGUUCCCAGACCUCCCCCUCACAGCCCCCGGGACCCCGGCGCCCAGCAGCAGUCGGCCGGACCGGGAGACCCGGGCCAGUGUCAUCAAGAAGACAUCCGACGUCACCCAGGCCCGCGUCAAGAGCUGUUAAGCCUUUGACUUCCCCUGGUGGUUGUUGGGAUUUCUUGGCUUUGUUUUAUUGUUUGUUUGUAUUUUAUUUUUCUCUCUGACAUCUGUUUUAGACAAAUCUUAAGGGAAAAAGCCUUGACAUUAGAACAUUGAUUGCUGUGUCCAACUCCAGUACUGGAGCUUCUUUUGAACUCAGGACUCCAGCCCCUUGGUAGACGCGUGAUCUCUAGAGCCUGCUGGAUCUCCCAGGGCUGCUCCCUCAAGUUCAAGAACGUCAUAGGACCAACACCCACACGGGCAGUGAGGUGCUGCAUUGCCUGCGGUCAAGGCCAGCGUGGUGGCGUGGAUGCCUCAGAAUGGAUGAGAAAAUGUGAACUAGCUAGAAUUUUUUAUUCUUGUGAAUAUGUACAUAGGGCAGUACUAGCGACGUUGCAGUCUGCUUCUGCACCUUAUCUUAAAGCACUUACAGACAGACCUUCUUGUGAUCUUGCUCUGUUUCACAGCACCGUCAACACCCCCUUCCCUGCCCUCCUCCCCUCCCCUCCCAUUUCCUUCCUCCUUUUUUCUCCCUUCAAAGGCUGUGUCCCACAUCCCUGAGGAGGAGGAGAAGAAAAUGAACUUCUCCGCAGAUGUCCCAUUUUCAGACUGCUUUAAAAAAAAAAAAAAAAGAAAAAAGAAAAUCUUUCUAAUCUGCUAUGCUUGAAUGCCACGCGGUACAAAGAAAAACUAUCAUGGAGAGAUUAUUCAAAUUCCCAGAUUUGAAGACGAAAAUACUCUAAUUCUAACCAGAGCAAGCUUUUUUAUUUUUUAUACAGGGGAAUAUUUUAUUCAAGGUAAAAUUCUAAAGAAGAUAUAAUUGUUUUUUAUCUUUUCUACAGCAAAUUUAUAAUUUUAAGAUUCCUUUUCUUGUUUAUCGGCAAUUGUUAUUACAUCCUUGUGGCACAUUUUUUUUUUAAUUUUGUAAAGUUGAAAAAGCUUUUAUGAGCUCAUGUAGCAAUCAAAUUAUCCUGUGGACUGAUAAUAAAUGAAUAUGAUAUAUAGUUAAAUUUUUAA